AUGUGUGAGGCAGCUCGGACGGUGAGGGAAGAGCAAGAGCGGAAGGUCCAAGAAGCCGUGGUCAAGAAAACGGUGAGUGGGAAUCAACAAAGGCCGAGCUUGAGACUAAGCUUUCCAAUGUCCAUGCCCAGCUUCAAGCAGCCAAGAGUGAAGCUUCUUCGGCAAUCAGAUGUAGGGGAUAGGUUGGUAGCAGUUGACAAUGACAUGCAGAAAGCGAGUUGCUUGGAGCCAAGUGAUUGUGAGCCGUGCCACUCUGAGUCAUGGGCAUCUGCUCUAAUAACUGAACUCGACCAUUUUAAGAAAGAGAAAUCCUUCCGAAAGAAUCUCAUGGUCUCUUCAGGAGAACUUGAUUUAACGGAUGAUUUUCUGGAGAUGGAAAGGCUUGCAGCUUUACCAGACGCGGACAGUGGAAGCUGCAGCCAUGGAGUGGGGCCUGCUCUGGAUCAAAACAGAUCUGAUGAAGUCACUCUCAAAUCUGAGCUUGAAGCCAUGAUCAAUAGAACGGCAGAGCUGGAGGAGGAAUUAGAGAAGAAGGAAGAAGAAAAGGAGAAGCUAGAGAUGGCUCUAAGUCAAUGGCAAAAGCAACUUGAAACGUCAUGGAGUCAGCUCAAUGAGGUUGAGAUGAGAUUGACAGAACUCAACAACAUGUUGUCUGCAGCACAAAAAUCGAAGCAAGCUGCAGAGGAGGAAGCAAGGAUUACCCAUGAGAGGAUGGAAGUAACAGAGUCAAGACUGAUGGAUGUUGAAGAGGAGAUGAAAAACUUGCUCCUUAAUGACCAAUUGCUACAAGAAGAGGUUGAAAGAGAGCGUGCUUUGUCUGCUGAAAAUGAGGCAAAAUGUGGGGAGCUGGAGGAUGAAAAUCUAAAUAUGAAAAGGGAUGCUGAACUGCAGCAUGAGAUCGAGAUUCAGCGUGUGGCUGUCUCUGAUGAACAGCUAAAAGUAAAGCAGGUUAGUUCUCUAUGGCUUGUGGAUGUUAGUCUAUAUCCAAUGGAAAUCAUGAUAACAUGA